AUGUCAUUAUAUAAUGAUUUAAUACCAACUUCUAUUAUUAAUUCUCCUCCUUCUAUUAACAGUGCUUUAUCAUCGGAUGCUAUUAACAAUCAAUUUAUGAAAACUAAAUUUGAUGAUAGAUCAAUUACAAAAAUUAGUAUUACUUUAAAUCAUUAUCAAAAUUUAAAUAAAUCAACAUUUAUUGAAGAUGAGGAUACUACUACUAGUACUCCUUUCAAUAAUAUAUUCAAAUGGUCUCAAUUGAAUAAAAUAUCAAAUUAUAUUAACUCACAAGAAUUUUUAACCUUGUAUGGUGAAAUAAAAUUAAUAAAAUCUACUUCAAUAUUUAUUGCCAUUGCUACAACAAAGAAUCAAAUAAUUAUAUAUAAUUAUAAUCAAAUUAUAGAGUUUCAAUUACAAUGUGAUGAUUUAGAAAUUAGUUGUAUAAACUUUUCCUUGGACUCAACAACAUUUGUUGCUGGUUUUACCAAUGGUUCAAUUAGAUUAUGGAAUUUACAUAAGGAUGAUUCUAUUCAAAUUACUCCAGCUUUCACAAUUUCUCCAAUUUCAUUAAAUUCAAGAUUUGUACAAAAUUUGGAUGGUCAUUUAAUUAAUUGUAAGAUCAAUUUUAUUUCAUUUAUUGGCAAUUCAUAUGAUAAGUUAAUCAGUUCUGAUGAUUCUGGUUUAAUAUUCUUUCAUCAUGGUAUUACUAAAAAAUUUAUAUAUCACAACUUUGUAACAAAGAACUUAUUUAGCAAGAGUAUUAUUUCCAAUAUUGCAUUUUUACAAUUGGGUUCCGAUUAUCAAAUUACUGACGAUUUAGGAGUAAUUGCUUUAAUUGCAGACGGUUCAUUAAGUAUUAAAUCAACUAUUUCAUUAAAUGAUUCUUCAUUAACCUUUAUAACUACACAUUACACUAAAAAAUUAACUGGUUUGACUACAUUAGAUUGGUUUCCUUAUAUCAAAGAUUAUAAUUCAAGAUUGGCUUUUACUCAAGACAAUUUUUUGUAUAUUCUAGAGGUUGAAGUUCCUGAAAAAUUAUCAAUUAUAAUUAAUAAUGCCAAAAAUCGAGAUAAAUUAAUUGAGAAAUUAAAAUUACCUGUUAAAGAAACUUGUGAAUUGGAGUUGGAACAACCUAUACAAUAUAUAAAAUGGUUAUCAUCAAAUUUACUUGUUGUAUUCUUUAGUUCUAAAAUGUUAACUUUUUUUUAUGCAAAUGAACAAUUACAUUUAGUUAGUUGUGACAAUUUUAAAUUUAAUACUGUUGAGGUUGUUAAACAAAGUUUAUUGAUUUUUAAUGAUAACAAACUUUUUAUUGCUAAAUCAUCAAAUUGGGCCGAUAUAUUAUCAAAUAAACUACAACAUAAUGAUUAUUUAGAUGCACUUUUAUUAGCUAAUACGUUUUAUAAUUCAACAAAUGUUGCUAAAUUAUCAGUACUAAGAUUACCUUUGCAAAAACAACAACGAGCAAAACUUAUUCAACCAAUUUUAUUGAAAAUUAUGAAGGAAUCAUUACCUCAUUUAAUUAAAUCAGAUCAAGAAAUGUAUUUAAAAUUGUCAUUAAAUAUAAUAUCUGAAAUUCCUGGCUCAGCAACUAAUGAAAUUUUAGAAGAAAUUUAUGAUAUUAUAAAAGAUGAUAAAAUCUUCUUUGGUGCUAUUGAUAAAUUUAUUUUGGAAAAUUCCAUCAAGGAGUUACCAACAAGUUUGUUGAAAAAAUUGGUAAUGUAUCAUAAAGAUGACGAAGAAUUAAGUUUACUCCUAUGCACUUUAGAUCUUCAUCAAUUAGACAUAGAUUUUACUAUUCAGUUGUGUAAAAAAUAUAAAUUAACAGAUUGUUUGAUAUAUAUAUGGAACUAUUUAUUAAAUGAUUAUAAAACACCAUUAAUUGAGUUUGUGGAAAAUUUACAAGAUGAUUUGAAAGUUUAUCUGUACUUGAGCUAUGUUUUGAAUGGGUUACAAUACCCUACUCACAAUUCAAUUGUAAAUGCUGAUUUUGCAAGAAAGGAAAUUUGUAAUGUUUUGUUUUCCACUGAUUAUUGUUUUAUUUUACUCCAGUUUAAUUCAUUUUACAUGUUAAGUACUUUAAAUGAAUUUUUUGAAAGUUCAUACUUGAAUGAUGGUAAUGAUAUAAAUCGACAAUAUAUAAUUGAAACAUUAUUGGAAAUUUUUGAAUCUCAUAAACAAGACUUUUCAAAUUAUGAUGAAUUACAACUAUCAAUUUUUAUAGCAAGAAAUUACUCAAAAUAUCAACAAUUUAUAAGACUACCAGAAUCAGAAAUUAUUAAGAUUAUAAAUACAAUAUUGGAUUAUCAAACUUCUGAAGAUAAUGAGUUAGCUUUACAAAGUCUCAUACCAUUUUUUAAUAACUUAGAAGAUAAUCAAUAUUUGAUUGAAAGAUUAAAAUUAGGUAAAUAUUACAAUGUUUUAAUAAAUUACUAUAAAUUAGAAAAUAAGUAUUCUCAAGCUUUAGAAAUUUGGUUAAUUAAGAAAACUAAUUUUAAGGAAUUAACAGAAUUGGUUGAUUUGUCAUUCAAUAAAGGUAAUAGCAUGGAUAGACUUAAACUUGUAGGACUUUUGAAGUCAAAUUUUGAAGAUUGUUUAGUAUUAAAUCCUACAGGUUUUUAUAAAAUGAUCAAUAAAUAUGCUCCAGUAUUACAUGGAAGUAUUGUUGCUGCUAAGGAAUAUCUACAAUUCAUAUAUUUAAAGGAGUAUUAUAAAUCAUAUGAUGAUGAUAUAUUUGUAACAAGAUUUAUUGAAUUAUUAAUCAAGUUUGAUGAUUCUGCAUUAUUUGAUUUUAUUAAAAAACAUAUUAAUAUUAUACCAGAAGAAUUAAUUUAUAAAUUAAAUGAUGACAAGGAUAAUAUUAUACGUGCAAAAGCCCUAAUGUUGAUGCAUGAUAACAAAUUUUUAGAAGCAGAGACAAUAUUAUUGGAUAAAAUAAUUGAUCAAGACCUAGAUUAUCUAAAUUUUAUAUUUUCAAUUAUUGAUGAAUCAAAAGAUAACCGCGAUAAAUUAUGGUUAAACCUUAUUUACAGAUUAGUUCAAUCUAACAAGUCUGACUGCAUUCAUGAUUGUUUUAAAAAAAUAAUAGAUGAUAAUUUAUUCAAUUCAAUUUUCAAUAAAUUUUUAGAUUUGAAUCAUAAUGAAACUACAUUAUCCAAUAUUAAAACAAUUUUACAAUCAGUCUUCAUUUCAUAUUCUUAUGAUACACAAAUUUUGAAAAUUCUAAAUUACAAUAUUUUAAAUAAUGAUAUUUAUAAUAAAAUGGUUUUGAUUCAAAAUAGAAACUUAAAAGGUUGGAAUAUAAUGGAUAAAAAUUGUAUUUCAUGUGGUAAACCAAUGUUUCUGUUAAAAGAUGAACAUUAUUUAGCAUGGCAAGAUUAUGAAUUUUCAAAAGUACUAACACAAUCUUAUAAUAAGAAUGAGGAAUUGCAAUUAAUUAUUUUCAAAUGUGGUCAUGGAUAUCAUUUAAAUUGUUUGCAACGAUUGAACUUGAAUAAUCAGUGUGUAAUAUGUAGUGAAUGA